AUGUACAUCCCAGCAGGUUCAUCGCAGAGCAGCCCCAGACGGCAACCACACAAAACAAACAUGUCUUUCGCGAAAGCGCCUCGAUGGCCAGCUUCACGGCCGGACGCCACCCCUGGGCCCGGGGCAUAUUCGCCCCCAUGGGGUCCACCCCCGCUACUGGCCAAGGCCCGAAAGCGCUGCCGGCCAGCUCCUGCGGCCUGGCUGCUCAGUGCUUCCCGGCGAGCCCCGUCCGAGCUGGCCCAGGCAAAGCUGCCCCCGCCAGUGUUGCUGGGCAGCGGCGGGGUGGCCGAGGUCUUGCUUGGCAAGUGGGGGACGCUGAAGGCUGCAGUGAAAACUGCCAAGCAGCCAGGAUGGGAUCACGAGAUCCUUGCAGAAGCAGCUUUUCUCACCCGCCUUGGGCCACAUCCCAACAUUGUGCGAGUGCUGGGCGUGGCGGAAGGGCCCCGCGUGCACCUGUACCUGGAAAUGCUUGGGCCAUCGUUGACAAAAUAUGCCAUGAAAACCCAAGCGGAGGUGGCCGACCUGGCCCAGGGAUUACUGGCCGCCCUCGCCCACCUGGAGAAUGGCCUGGUGGGCCACACGGAUGUGAAGGAAGCGAAUUUGAUGUUCCGCAACCGCGACAUUGUCCUCAUCGACUUCGACGCUGCCAUCGAGGUCAUAGACCGCGAGCAACUUGUGCAGCGGAAGCCAGGAAAUCUGGCGAACCUGUUUUCAGCCGUGUGGACCCAAGGGUCGUACAAUCCUCUGAAGGAGGAUGUCAGUGCUGCAGGAGCAGUCCUCCACAACGUGGCGGGGGACAUGCUGCCCAGCCAGCUGCUGGCUUUCCUUGCAGACCUGUCUGCACCCGAAGCCCAGCGACCGUUUGCAACCGCAGCAGCCGAGCAGCUGCAGAUGACCCUCGCCUGUGUAGGGCUUGUUGGACAACUGAAUUGCUGA